UCUCGAACGACCUUGACAUCUCGACUGGUCUCUAGAAUCUCAUAACUAUAAUCAUUUCCAGCGUCGUCAGGAUCCAAUCUACUCACAACGCUGUAGCUCCCAUACUGUCUAGCCCUACAUCCCAACCCACCGUCGAACGAAACAGCAAUCAUCUCGAAAUGUCCUCGAAGACGAGACCUCGAACGACACAGUCUGCGUUAGGCUUCUCGGCUAAAAAGUCCAUUCAUAAAUCGCCAACCAAGAAGAAGGCUCCUGUCAGGAUUGCACAAGCUCAAGCUAUCGACCUUACCCGAUCCUCUCCGCCUCAAAACCCCAAACACGCACCCCUCUUCACCCGACCGAACCGUUCGGCGACAGCGUUCUCUGACACCAACCCGUUUUUAGAAGACGAUGGUGCCGAAAAGGAUGAGAAGCCGCAGCCUGCGGUCGAGAGGGACGAAUUCGGAUUCGUAAGGACCGUUCCUCUCGAUUACUCGCCGCUUGGGAAAGGCAAGCCAACGCAGGCGAUGAUCGCGAACCUUGUCGGAGAGAAAGCGAAGGAGGACGAGGAACGGAAGGAAGAGAAGGGCGAGGUUGAUGAAAGUGACGAGGGCGGGGACCGGGCGUUCUUUCUCAUUGAAAAACGUCGUGGGGAUGUGAAGAGCGCCAGGAUCGAGGAAGGAGGCAAGCUCAACGUGAAGGACAAGAGGUGGAAUGAGCUCUUUAAGGAGACCAAGGAGAAGAUGGGAAACGCAGAGCCCAUCCAUUGUGAUUCGAAGUCCCACAACCGCGUACAUCAUAUUCUUCGGGUCUUUGAUCUCAGUUCGCAGUGGGGCCCCUGCGUAGGAAUCAGCAGAUUAGAUCGGUGGAACCGUGCCGAGGAGUGGGGACUCGAACCUCCCGUAGAGGUCCGGGACAUCCUCCUGACGCAAGAGGGCCAGAAGGACGAUUCGUACAAGGAGACCGUCUUUCACAACACCGGUAUCUACGUCCCGUAACGUAGUCGACAUCUCCAUCAACAUCUCCAUCAAUUAUGUAUCCCUUCACUUGUAGCCAAACAACAGCAUGUCGCUUCUCUCCAAACGUUGUACUCAGCUCAGCCGGAGUCAUUAUGCACCACACACAAUAUACCAUACGCGAAUCAAUACUGG